AUGAGCGACCUCGGAGGAGCGGGAGUGACCCCGUUCUUCAACCAGUCCUCAAUGUCCAACCUGACGAAUGGCAGCACUUCGACUCACUGCGAUCAGGUCAACACCUCGGCCAACGUUUUCUUCCUGGUGGUCUGCACGCUGGUGUUCCUGGUGGGUUUGCUUCUGAACGGCUUCACCCUGAAAGUUUACUUCUGUCGAGCUCAGCAGCAGGUGUCCAGCAGCGUGACCAUCUACCUGAAGAACCUAGCAGCCGCCGACUUCCUCAUCAGCCUCUGUUUGCCCCUCCGAAUCACCAACUACACCAGCAACUCCGUCUCUAUACGUCGGAUCUACUGCACCUUUGGUGCCGCCGCCUUCUACCUUAACAUGUAUGCCAGCAUCCUGUUCAUGGGUUACAUCGCAGCUAACAGGUAUCUAAAGAUCGUCCAUCCUUUAGGAAAUCACAUCCUGCAGACGGUGCGAGCCGCUCACAUCAUCUCCACGCUGACCUGGGUUUUCCUUUUGGCCACCUCAAGCGCCUAUGUCAUCGUGUCACUCCUCACCAAGGAAUCAUUGUCCUCCGUCUCUGACAUAGUGACCUGUGACGUCCUGCACAGCGAGCAGCUCAGCCUGUUCUACAAAAUCAUCCACACCUGCUCCGCCGCCAUCUUCUUGCUUGUCCUCAUCUCCCUGAUCUUCUUCUACUAUGGCACCUCCUGCAGGCUGUCGCUGGCCCAGCACAGGCAGCCGGCAUCCUCCAACUCCAAGAAACUCUCCAAAUCACGCAGGAACAUGUUGGUGCUGGUCAGCCUCUUCUGCCUUUGCUUCGUCCCGUACCACCUGGUGCGCCUUCCCUACGCCUUCCUGAGGCGUCAGUGCUCAUUAAGGCAGGUGUUCUACUACCUGAAGGAGCUGACCAUCAUGUUGUCAAUUCUCAACGUCUGCCUGGACCCACUUAUCUAUUUCAUCUUCUGCAAAGCCUUCCGGGCGCAUCUGAGCCCGAGGAGGCUGUUCAGCAUCACACAGGCUGCAACACAAGGUGCAAACACUGAAAGGAGGAGCAGCGAUGGGCGGAUGAGCACCCUCAAAAUCAACAGGAAGAUGUCACUCACUGUGACAACGAAACAGCCCGGCGUGCUCUAGCUUAAAGACACAAACACUUGUGCCUUGUGUUGUUAAAUAACCAACAUUCACAUUACAACUGCAAAUUCAUACAAAGACCAACAUCUGCUGGUUAAAGUGGAGCCUUUCAGCUGAUUUACUCGUGCACUUUAGCAUGGCUGCCUCUUUGGAAGGUUGGAAGACCUCAGAGAGAAAUGAUAU